GCUCGCGCUGUUGCCGUCGCUGGUUGCUGUGGAUUUGAUUGACGGGCAACAUGUUGGUGCGGUGGGGGAGCGCCGGGAUGCUACAGAGGGGGAGGAAUACCUGCGCCCAGAACACACCAAAACACACACACCGCGCUUAGAGACAGCACACCGCCUUCAGUCAAUUCCGUAUUUUAUUAUUAGGAAGAGAGAGCGAGAGAGAGAGAGAGAGAGAGAGCGAGAGAGAAAAAAAUGCCUCGGAGCGCGCGCUGGACGGUGACGGUCGCUGAUGCUGAUGACACCGCACUGAGGAUCUGAUCUCCCCCCCCCCUUCCCCUCCUCCUCCUCCUCCUCCUCCCCCCACUCUUAUUUCUUGUGUUAUUAUGGUAGGCUGAUGAUCAUGCAAACGGCGUCAGGAGACCCGAAACGGACAACGAUGAUGGAAUCGCCUUACACGUAGAGCCUGUUGUAUUUUUAGCGCACGCUCCGUUUUUUUUUUUUUUCAAUCUGAUGUGCAUGUUUUUAUUUCAUUUUAUUUUAUUUGCAUAAGCGUUUUUCUUCUAUUGCCGCUUAGAUUGAGAGAAAGUAUCCUGCUCUUCAUCAGCAUCAUCAACAUCAACAUCAACAUCAACAAAAAAAACAGUAAAAAAAAACAACAACAACAAGAACAACAACAACAAAACGGACUCUGCACAUGAUGGACGAGGAAAAGAUGACGAAAAGCGAGGAGGCUCACCUGAGUUUGCAGAAAGCCCUGCAGCAGUGCGAGCUGGUGCAGAACAUGAUCGACAUCAGCAUCUCCAGCCUGGAGGGGCUCAGGACUAAAUGUGCCACAUCUAACGACCUGACGCAAAAAGAAAUCCGCACGCUCGAGGGUAAGCUGGUGAAGUACUUUAGCCGGCAGCUCUCCUAUAAACAUAAAGUGCCCUUACAGGAGCGGAACGUGGAGCUGGAUGGCUUUCCUCGCCUCACACACUGGCUCCGCAUCGUCAACAUGAGGAAGGAGGUCACAGAGGAGAUCUCUCCAGGUGAGCUGACUCUUGAGUCGCUUUUAGACAUGUCGAAUGAAGAGGUGUGUGAGACGCUGCAGAAGUUUGGAGCAAGUGGGGACGAGUGUGCUCGUUUGAACGCCUCCCUCACCUGCCUACGCUCCGCCCACAAAUCAGAACAACUUGAGGACGACAAAUUGCACAGUAAUGGAGGACUUGGCAGCACUCAGCCUAAGCAGGACUGGUCCAUCCAGUGGCCAACGUCUGAGUCGGGGAAAGAGAACACACCAGCCGGUACCCCCGACCCCGGGCAGUGGGUGCGACUGCAGCUCUCGCAGAGCCCAAAGCCGCAGUCACGCUACACCCAUGCUCUGUGCCACAGCCCUCAGGCCCUGGCUCCUCCGACUUUCUACCCGCAGCCUGAGCGGCUGUGCGUGGACGUCUACCCGGGCCUGACACCGCUGGGCAUGCUGGAUGUAGGACACCGCUCUCUACCCCCAUCUCCCAGGCAGAGGCACUUUCCUCACACUCCCCCACGCACUCCACUGGUGGUGAACACCAUGACGCCACCGGGCACACCACCACUACGCCGCCGAAACAAGGUGAAGGCACCAGGCACGCCACCACCCGCCAACCGCAAACUCAUCCACCUGCUGCCUGGCUUCAGCUCCCUGCACCGCAGCAAAUCACACGAGUUCCAGCUGGGGAACCGCGUCGACGAUGCACACACUCCCAGAGCCAAGAAGAAGGCCAAGCCUCUGAACCUGAAGAUCCAUAACAGCGUAGCAGGGAGUUGUGAGAACCUGCCGACUCAGCGAUCUCCUCUCCACUCGGAUCACUCGCUCCGCUCGUUUUUCUUCCCGAGCCUUGUGCCCUCCACGCCACCCGUGCAUGCAGAGACACCCUCUGGCAACACCCUGUCAGUUCCUCGCUGGUCCCCUCAGAUCCCUCGCAGAGACUUGGGCAACUCUAUUAAACACAGAUUUUCCACCAAAUACUGGAUGUCACAGACUUGUAUCGUUUGUGGGAAAGGAAUGCUCUUCGGCUUGAAGUGCAAAACCUGCAAGUUGAAGUGCCACAAUAAAUGUACCAAAGAAGCACCUCCUUGCCAUUUACUUAUUUACCAUCGAGGAGGUAGGGACUCGUUCAAAGAUCAAGGAACAUCUCAAGCUCGUCAGCUCGUCAGGACCGAGUCAGUGCCGUGUGACAUAAACAACCCCCUCAGGUACACAGACCUGCACAUCAGCCAGACGCUGCCCAAAACCAACAAAAUCAACAAGGACCAUAUCCCUGUGCCGUACCAGCCUGACUCCAGCAGUAACCCCUCGUCCACCACCUCCUCGACCCCAUCAUCCCCAGCUCCGCCUCUUCCUCCCAGUGCAACUCCUCCCUCUCCACUUCACCCAUCCCCUCAGAGCGGCAGACAGACCAAACAGCCCAACCUAACAGCAUCUCAUUACUACAAAUACAAGCAGCAGUUCAUCUUCCCUGAUGUGACUCCAGAGGUUCCUAACAGAGCUCCUCAGGUUAUCCUCCAUCCUGUGCUGUCAGAGCCUGGUAACAAAGGCAACCCUCUGCUGCAGAUCGAGGUUGAACCUACUUCAGAUAACGAAGAUGGGAACCAUGAAGCAGAGGACUCGGCUGACGAGUUUGAGGAGAUGAACCUGUCGUUGCUGUCGGCACGUAACUUCCCUCGCAAGGCGAGCCAGACAAGCAUCUUCCUGCAGGAAUGGGACAUUCCGCUGGAGCAGCUGGAGAUUGGCGAACUGAUCGGGAAGGGCCGCUUCGGGCAGGUCUACCACGGCCGCUGGCACGGCGAGGUGGCCAUCCGCCUCAUCGACAUCGAGAGAGACAACGAAGAUCAGCUCAAGGCCUUCAAGCGGGAGGUGAUGGCGUACAGGAACACGCGCCACGAGAACGUGGUGCUCUUCAUGGGUGCGUGCAUGAGCCCACCGCACCUGGCCAUCAUCACCAGUCUGUGUAAAGGGAGGACUCUGUAUGCCGUUAUAAGAGAUGCGAAAGUCAUCCUGGAUGUCAACAAGACCAGACAAAUCGCACAGGAGAUGGUUAAGGGCAUGGGCUAUCUGCAUGCCAAAGGCAUUCUUCACAAGGACAUGAAGUCGAAGAACGUCUUCUAUGACAACGGGAAAGUGGUCAUCACUGAUUUUGGACUCUUUACCAUAUCUGGUGUUCUACAAGCAGGCAGUAGGAGAGAGGAUAAGCUGCGGAUCCCGAGCGGCUGGCUCUGCCAUCUUGCUCCCGAGAUUGUCCGCCAGCUCUCCCCGGAGACAGCCGAAGAUCAGCUCCCCUUUUCCAAACAGUCGGAUGUCUUUGCCUUUGGGACGAUCUGGUACGAGCUGCAUGCACGGGAGUGGCCUUUUAAAAACCAGCCAGCUGAGGUGAUCAUAUGGCAAGUGGGCAGCGGCAUGAGACCCAACCUCACUCAGAUCGGCAUGGGCAAAGAGAUAUCGGACAUCCUGCAGUUCUGCUGGGCUCACGAGUCCGAGGAGAGACCCAGCUUCUCCAAACUGAUGGAGCUGCUAGAGAAACUGCCCAAGCGCAACCGCCGCCUCUCGCACCCCGGCCACUUCUGGAAAUCAGCUGAGCUGUAGCAGUAACGGACUGCCUCCUGUUCCCCGUCCUCUCCACUCCACCAACACCCUGCUCUCAUCAACCAUCACAUGACAGGAAGUCCUCCCACUGACUUCCUGGGGUCUUUUUAAAUAGGAGGGGGUUGGUAAUGCCAUGCUAACUGCAGAGCAGAGAAGCCAUUUUUUCCUGGAUGCAAACUGGAUGAUUUGGAAUGAUCUCAGAUGAAUGAGAGAAUCCAAAGUGCUCCCUCGCUCCAUAUGCUUACACUGGGCUCUGGCUUCAGUGUUUCUCAGUUUGAUUUGGGUUAUUUUGCAUCUCUUGCUUUUACGUGUCGUGAUAAAUUAAAACUCAUGAUCACGCAUCAUCAUCAUCAUCACCAUCAUCAUCAUCACCAUCACCAACACACAAUAUGCAAAUGAUUGUAAUUUCAAACUAGUCCUGUCAUUUGAUUUUUUUUCUCUUGUACUUCAGUUGGACAUUCACAUGCUGUCAGUUUCUCUGAGAUGAACCACCUUGCCUAUAACUACUUCUUUUUUCCCCCUCAAACUCCCAUUUAUACAGUUGUUUUCAUUUCCAGAAAUAAGAUAUUAAAGGAGCAGUUUGUAAUUUUUAGAGCUGCCUAAAUUGUAUUUGCAAUUAUAAAAAAAUCAGCAAGGCUUUCCGUUCUCCCAGCAGACCCCAGUUAUUUGUUAAAACUACAUACUCCUGAGGUAUGAGAGUUUCCUUUUAAGGAAACAGAGCUCUGUUCCAGAUGGGGGCAGAACUAUUUUCAGGGCCAGAAAUGUGAAGACAGAACUACAGUUGUGUGCAUACCAUAAGGACAUGAAUUGAUAUUAUGAGGAAAUGUACAGAGAAAUGUGAUUUAAAGCAACAAGGCAGUUAGUGUGCUAAAUUUUACAAAUGUUCCUUAAUUAUCAUAGAUAAUAAAAAUGAUCAAAUAGGGUAUGUUACAGUGGCGAUUCGUCCAUAAGGGCAGGUGGUGCAGAGCCCCUCUGUAUACUGUAUAUUAGCUGCAUAAUCUCCAAGAACUCAUUCACAAUUCCAUACACUUUAAAUUCCACUGAAAUAUUAAUUACCUCUUUUGACCAAUGAUAUUAAACUAUUGCUAUUUGACCGAUAUAUGGCAGUGUCCCAUUGAUUUGCUCGCCUUUCUAGAUAUUGUGUGCUCCACUUGUUACCCUUAGCUUCCAUAGAGUUAUUGUUGCACCUAGUGGUCAAAAAUGAUAACUGCAACAAGCACUAUUAGAGGUCCACUGGGGCGGGAAUCACGCUGCCCCACGUUCGCUCUAUAAACAUUUUCAUUGGAGGAGCAGCGAACAGAACAGUUAAUUACAGAGAUGCCAAAUCAGGCUAAUGACUGCCAUCCCAUUUUAUAGCAAAUAAUCUGAAAUAAAUCUAAUACAUUUCUGCAAACAAAUGCAAACUGUAAGUGCAGACAGUGUCUAUGAUAUACAAAACCACUUCUAUUGUAAGAUAUAUUACAAAGAUUGGGAGAGGAGAAAGGGGGAUUCUGGAGUGGAUAACAUCUCUAUAUCUGAAGUGUGUUUGCACCAUGGUGAUCUUGUUUCCCACACAAAUACACAAGGUACUUAAGGUAAAUUUGAUUUUUUCAAUUAAAAAGCCAUUGGGGGUUGCAAAAUUUGUAAUGCAUGACAGUUUUGCUUUAGUAUCUUUAAAAUUAUAGCGUUAUUACAUGUCUAGAAUCACAUUUAAAAAUUACAAACUGCACCUUUAAGGAAUCAGUUCCCUGAUUUCAUUAUGGCUUUAUUCCUAACGGUCCUACUGGUUUAACUUUGCAUUUUACUGGUAUAGGGAUGGCAAGAAAGCGGGAAUGACAGGUGGAUCGUGGGAUAACUGUGCGUGAAACUCCCCUCCUCCCACCAUCUACUCCUGGUGUGUGUGCGUCUGUGUAUAUGUAUGCGUGUGUGUUUUUGGGUGCCUCUGCAUUCCGUUUGCGUUCUCCAGAGUUCCUCAGAUUCCCCGGCUGAGGUGCAUGGCACUGAAUGCAUGGAAAUAUCAGACUAAACCCCACACGUGUUUUCAGCAUGACUAUCUGAAGCAUUUCAUCCAAAAUGACUCGCAAACAAGACAUUAUUUAUCACUGCAUUUCUUAAUAUGAGGAGAAUACCCUCAUGGCUGAUUUUGUAAUGUUCUCAAGUGAGGAAAUGUGAAAGAAUAUUCAGAUCUGGCAUUUUUGUGUAUUUUUUUUACGUGGAAUGAUUCAUGUCUUUUGAUAAUUAACAAAUAUUUCAGAUAUUUCUGCAAAUUGGAUGAAAGAAGCCUGCAGCGCUAGGCACCAUUAAUAAUCUUCAUCUCAUAUCUUGUCUAAUUGAGGCACAUAGCACGCAUUCUAUCUCUCUUCACCUCUCUUUUGCAAUUUGGACAUCAGGUUCCUUUCAUAUUCAUGAAACUUGUUUGUUCCAGUAUGCAUCAUUUUAUGAGAAAAUGAUUAUUUUUGGGAAUUCUAACACUACAAAUCUCAUUCAUGUGCACAUUAACUUUUUUGUAGAAUAAAACUUCUAAGUGACUGCAUGUGCUUUGAUUAAAUUUCAUUUCCAUACUCGCUUGGCUCAUGACGGCAUCGGUGCCCGAUCCAGGCUGAGUUCGAGCGUGGGCACAGCGUGCAUAAAAAGCCAAACCUGUUGCUAGUGUGCUAUUUGGCCCCAAGUCGUCCAUAUGUGCUUCACAAAGCCUAGCGCCAUGAAGAGACAGAGCUCUUCUCAGGCACUGACAUAAAAAGGGAAAAAAGAAACUUUUCAAAAGGACAAAAAGCAAGAUAAAUUCUGUGAGACACUUUAAUCUCCAUCUGUGAAAUAUUAGCAGAAUAAGAAGCAAUUAUUUUAUUUAUUUCCAACAUUUCUCAAAUGCUUAAUUGCACAGAGCAUGGAUAUAAUUUUUUUUUUUGAGAGGCUUCCAUCCUCUCAAAAAUCUAUUAAAUAUAUGUGUGUGUGGGAGUGAAUGUGAAACUGAUUAUAACUUUUAAUCAGUGAAUGUAGUUGCAUCGUUACAUCUCUAAUAAACUUCACAUUUUAGCUGUUUUUUUUUAAAUUAGAUUCAGCUGUCUAAAAUCAUACCAUCACCAUCAUUUAACACUUACCACUCCUACAUGCUCACUUCAUCUUCUCACUGAGACGGAAAGCAGCCUGAUAUCACAUGCAAAAACCAAGGCUGGGUCAAUCGGCUCGAUUGAUAGAUGUGUAUAUUUUGUACAGUCAUAUUUCUAUAGGUUUUUCUACUCUUGUACACUGGAGGAUAUUUAUAAUCACAAAUGUUAUGAAUGUCAUCUCUGAAACACUGCAGGCCUUCUUACCAAAUCUGUGUUUUUGUUUGUGAAGCUUUUGGUCAGGUUCAGCUGUUGCCCAGAGAAAUAAAAACUUAUUUAUGAAAUCAUAUUUGUCUGGCAGUAAUUGUGUUGGUUUUGUACCUGUGGCUUGGCUUAGUGGUUUAUCAGUAUUAUGAGAUUACAGAAAAGUCAGUCAACUAAACAAGGAAGAUACAGAAUUAUAUUAAAUGAUCAUAAUUUCCAUUAAAGGUUUAGAUCAUUAUUUCAAAAUAAAAGGUUGUGUGGUAAAAUAAGGUAAACAUCAGAGAAAAUUAAAGACUAGAUCAGCCUGUUUAUGAUGUAAAUGAAUGAAUGAAUUGUUUAUUUAUGUAUGUAUUAUGUCACAUAUGCAUGAUAAUAUCUAUUUGGGAUUUUACAUCAGUUUUAAGCAACUUUGUUAUUCAUGAGAUUUCCACUAGGAAAAUGUAGCUAAUAUCCAGUAUCACCAACUUUUGUCACAAUGACAAAAAAUAUUAUAUUAGCCAAAGUUAACAAGCAAAAGUGAUUGAAAAUGCUACAUUAAAAAGUUGUGAACACUAAAAUGUGUUAAGAAGAUAAGAGUGAUUACACUCACCAUUGCACUAAUAGGAACAUCUGUACACCUGCUCAUUCAUGCAAUCCAAUCAGCCAAUCAUGUGGCAGCACACAGAAUGGUGUGAAAAAAAACAAAAAAACAUCCAGUGUAGAGCAGUUCUGAGCCGCAGAAAUGCUUGGUGAUGGUCAGUCUGGUGUGAGCUGACAGGAAGAUUACAGAAACGCAAAUAACCACUCUUUACAACUGUGGUGAGCAGAAAAGCAUCUCAGAAUGCAUAACAUCCUGAACCUUGAGGUGGAUGAGCUCCAAGAGCAGAAGAUUUCCUCAGGUUUCACUCCUGUCAACCAAGAACAGGGGCUACUGUGGGCAC